GGCCCCAGCCCCGCCGCUGCCGCACCUGCCCCGCGCAACCCCGGGCCCGCCGCCGCCAUGGCGGACCCCGCCGAGUGCAGCAUCAAGGUGAUGUGCCGCUUCCGGCCCCUCAACGAGGCCGAGAUCCUGCGCGGCGACAAAUUCAUCCCCAAAUUCAAGGGCGACGAGACCGUGGUCAUCGGGCAAGGGAAGCCCUAUGUCUUUGACAGGGUGUUACCUCCCAACACAACCCAGGAGCAAGUUUAUAAUGCCUGUGCCAAGCAGAUUGUCAAAGAUGUUCUGGAAGGCUACAACGGCACCAUCUUCGCCUAUGGACAGACCUCGUCAGGAAAAACUCACACCAUGGAGGGGAAGCUCCACGACCCUCAGCUGAUGGGAAUCAUCCCCAGGAUUGCACACGACAUCUUCGACCACAUCUACUCCAUGGACGAGAACCUGGAGUUCCACAUCAAGGUUUCCUACUUUGAGAUAUAUUUGGACAAAAUAAGGGACCUGCUUGAUGUGUCAAAGACAAACCUCGCUGUACAUGAAGAUAAAAACAGAGUUCCCUAUGUUAAGGGCUGUACAGAGCGGUUCGUGUCCAGCCCUGAGGAAGUUCUGGAUGUCAUCGACGAGGGGAAGGCCAACAGGCACGUGGCUGUGACAAACAUGAACGAGCACAGCUCGAGGAGCCACAGCAUUUUCCUCAUCAACAUCAAACAGGAGAACGUGGAAACCGAGAAGAAGCUCAGUGGGAAGCUUUACCUGGUGGACUUGGCUGGCAGUGAGAAGGUCAGCAAAACUGGAGCAGAGGGGGCAGUUCUGGAUGAAGCUAAAAAUAUCAAUAAAUCUUUGUCUGCUCUGGGCAAUGUGAUCUCGGCCUUGGCAGAGGGAACUAAAACCCACGUGCCCUACCGAGACAGCAAAAUGACCAGGAUCCUGCAGGAUUCCCUGGGGGGGAACUGCAGGACCACCAUCGUCAUCUGCUGCUCGCCCUCCGUGUUCAACGAGGCCGAGACCAAGUCCACCCUGAUGUUUGGCCAGAGGGCCAAGACCAUCAAGAACACGGUGUCUGUGAACCUGGAGCUGACAGCAGAGGAGUGGAAGAAGAAGUAUGAGAAGGAGAAGGACAAAAACAAGAGUUUAAAGAAUGUUAUCCAGCACCUGGAGCUGGAGCUGAACAGGUGGAGGAAUGGAGAAGCUGUGCCCGAGGAGGAGCAGAUCAGUGCCAAGGACCAGAAGAACCUGGAGCCUUGUGAUAACACCCCAAUUAUUGAUAACAUCACCCCCGUGGUCGCCAGCAUCUCCACAGAGGAGAAGCAGAAAUACGAUGAGGAGAUCGCCAGUCUCUACAGGCAGCUGGAUGAUAAGGAUGACGAAAUCAACCAGCAGAGCCAGCUGGCUGAAAAAUUAAAGCAGCAAAUGCUGGAUCAAGAGGAGCUUUUGGCCUCCACGAGGAGGGAUUAUGAGAAGAUCCAGGAGGAGCUGACCCGGCUCCAGAUCGAGAACGAGGCAGCCAAGGAUGAAGUGAAGGAGGUGCUCCAAGCCCUGGAAGAGCUGGCUGUCAAUUAUGACCAGAAAUCCCAGGAAGUGGAGGACAAAACCAGGACCAACGAGCAGCUGGCAGAUGAGCUGGCACAGAAAAGUAGUGCCCUGACAGCGACCCAGAGGGAGCUGGGCCAGUUGCAGGAGCUCAGCAACCACCAGAAGAAGAGAGCCACAGAAAUCCUGAACCUGCUGCUGAAGGACCUGGGGGAGAUCGGGGGAAUCAUCGGCACCAACGACGUGAAAACCUUGGCAGAUGUGAACGGGGUGAUCGAGGAGGAGUUCACCAUGGCCAGGCUCUACAUCAGCAAGAUGAAGUCGGAGGUGAAGUCUCUGGUGAACCGCAGCAAGCAGCUGGAGAGCGCCCAGAUGGACUCCAACAGGAAGAUGAACGCCAGCGAGAGGGAGCUGGCGGCCUGCCAGCUCCUCAUCUCCCAGCACGAAGCAAAGAUCAAAUCCCUGACGGACUACAUGCAGAACAUGGAGCAGAAGAGGAGGCAGCUGGAGGAGUCCCAGGACUCCCUCAACGAGGAGCUGGCCAAGUUACGCGCUCAAGAAAAAAUGCACGAAGUCAGUUUCAAGGACAAGGAGAAGGAGCACCUGACACGACUCCAGGAUGCAGAGGAGAUGAAGAAGGCUCUGGAGCAGCAGAUGGAGAGCCACAGGGAAGCCCACCAGAAGCAGCUGUCCAGGCUGAGGGAUGAGAUCGAGGAGAAGCAGAAAAUCAUCGAUGAAAUCAGGGACAUGAACCAGAAGCUGCAGCUGGAACAGGAGAAGCUGAGUGCUGAUUAUGAUAAAUUAAAAAUUGAGGACCAGGAAAGAGAAACGAAACUGGAAAAGCUCAUACUCCUUAAUGAUAAAAGGGAACAAGCAAGAGAAGACCUUAAAGGGCUGGAGGAAACAGUGGCAAGGGAGCUUCAGACUCUUCACAAUCUGCGCAAGCUGUUUGUCCAGGAUCUUACCACCCGUGUUAAAAAAAGUGUUGAACUGGACAGUGAUGAUGGAGGUGGAAGCGCUGCGCAGAAGCAGAAAAUUUCCUUUCUUGAGAACAACCUGGAACAACUUACAAAGGUUCACAAACAGCUGGUACGUGAUAAUGCAGAUCUUCGUUGCGAGCUUCCUAAGCUGGAGAAACGCCUUCGAGCUACGGCAGAGAGAGUUAAGGCCCUGGAGAGUGCACUGAAGGAGGCCAAGGAAAACGCCAUGCGCGACCGCAAGCGCUACCAGCAGGAGGUGGAUCGCAUUAAGGAGGCCGUGAGAGCCAAAAACAUGGCCCGGAGAGCACACUCUGCCCAAAUUGCCAAGCCCAUCCGCCCUGGUCACUACCCAGCGUCGUCUCCGACGGCCGUCCACGCCAUCCGAGGGGGAGGGAUGUCCAACUCCAGCUACUACCACAACACCAAAUAAACGAGAGGUCAGUUCCACUUAGCAUGUUAAGGACAGUCAUUAAGUCACAUUAAGUUUCUUUUUUUUGCCCCUCUCCAACCCGGUCCACGUCCUGUCCAUCCUGCGCUUCCCACGGCCGUCGGCGACGCCCCGCUCCAGGUACUCCGAGCUUCGUAGGAUCUCCACGUGUCCAGCUCAGCUCCUCCAGAUCCUUGUACAAUGUCUGGAACAUUCCCACCUCAGUAAGGAUGAUAGGGAGUCUGCCACUCCGAAUUCCACGACCCCUUGGCGCUGCUUAGGUUGGGGCUUCUCCACUCAGAGUGAUGCUUUUCUUUUUUUUUUUUUCCCCGAGUCCUCUGUUGGCAUCGGUAAUUCCCGACUUCUGGCAUCAAGGAAUUAAUUAUUCAAUGACCAAGUGCCAUCAAAGGCAGGUGAUUGUGCUCUGUCAUGACUGAUUUCCUGUAUAAUAUACAUAUUAUUUUAUAUUUUUAGGGGAUGAAAAUGUGCUGCUACGUGGUUUAAUUUUACUGCUUAACAUUUUCAGAAGGAAAUUUCCCCAAAGAACCAUUUGUAAUAUCCUGAUUUAAAAAAAAAAAAAAUAUCCUUGGACUGUAUAAAAUAACCUUUAUUGCAGUACCUGGUAAAGAACAAACGGGAUGCAGAGAAAUCUGUUAGUAUAGACGUAGGAUUUGAAGUUUGGUAGUUCCAUGAAUUGAUCUGUGUGACCUGUUUCAAAAUUAAGCUCCUAUUCCCUUGUAGUUCUCCCUACAGUGGUGGGUUUUCCUGGAGUGGGAUGGCUUAGCCACAUGUUUGUAAGAGUUGUUCCCUAGGAAUUUUUAAAGGAUUUCAGAAUGCUGUGGAAAUCUUGCCUUGGAAAAUCCGACAAGCAUCUCCCCCCUCCCCCUCUCCCCAGACAAGCCCUGAUCUGUUCACACUGGAAUUCAGAUCCCGGAGGGAACAGUCCCCUACCAGAACAAAGGAAAAUAAAAUCCCCCAAACCCUUCCUUAAAAAAAGCCCAAAGGAGGUGAGAGUUGUACACUCGAGCUAUCCUUUGCAGACCAAAUUUGGGAGUUUUUUUGCUGGGAUGUGAGGGAAUUCCAGGGGAAGGGAUUGUCUUUCUAAGCCACUAUAUCCACUCAUCCUGUGGAAGGUCAGAGGGAAGGAAAAGCCUUCCUGGAUCUCUCAGACAGCAAAUUUCCAUCUUCCCAGCAAGGGGGCACUGGAAUUGCUCUGGGAAGGUUCUGCUGGCAGGCAGAAGGUGCUGCUCCUCCUCCUCCUCCUCCUCCUCCCUCCCUCCCCAUCUCCUGGGGCAGGUGGGACUCCAGGAAGCCGGGAUUCCAGGAAGGCUCUGGCCGAG